CCGGCGCCGGGGCCGCGGGCGGCGGAGGUAGGAGCGCGGGCAGGCGGCGAGGCGCCCCCGGCUCUGACCCCCUCGCUGUCCCCUUCUCCCUCUCCCCGCCCACGCUCUGCUGUGCGCGCCUGCUGCCCGCUCGCGCCGGUUCCCGGUCUUCGAUCGCCGGCUCAUUGAGCAGCGUUGGGGCAGGGCGUUGAGCUCCCCGCUCUGCCCCUGUGCCCUCCUCUAGCAGCGCUUCACUAUCGCGGGUCGCCGGGUGUUUCCGUCCGAAUGAAGUCCCGCUCCCAGGGCAAGGCUGCGCCAGGUGGCAGAGGGCGCCUGACUCCAUCAGCCGCAAAUAAAGUUUACUACGCUCAGUUCCCUGUCUCCUUGCUGCAUAGCAGGUUCAAAAAAAUGGCCAAAAGAAUUGCCGAAAAGGAACUGACAGAUAGGAACUGGGAUCAAGAAGAUGAAGCUGAAGAGCUGGGGACCUUCUCCGUGGCCAGCGAGGAAGUCCUGAAGAACAGAGCCAUAAAGAAAGCCAAGCGUAGAAAUGUUGGAUUUGAAUCCGACAGUGGAGGCGCCUUUAAAGGAUUUAAAGGUCUGGUCAUGCCUUCUGGAGGAGCAGGGUUUUCUGGAUUUGGUGGGAAGCCUCUGGAAGGCCUGUCCAAUGGCACCAGCGCAGCAAGCGCCCCUGCCUUCGCCACCGCAGGCACCAGCACAGCAAGCACCCCUGCCUUCGCCACCACAGGAACCAGUGCCACAGUGGCAGCAGAGCCCAAGGCCACCUUUGGUUCCUUCGCUACAAAUGGCCCCACUGCCAUGGUUGAUAGAAAGAUUGCAAAUCCCAAAACUAACGGCGACAGCCAGCAACGCUCCUCCUCCGGCCUUGCUUCCAGCCAGGCCUGCCUCGGGGACACCUAUCACAAGCAGCUGGCGGCCUUGAACUGCUCCGUGCGGGACUGGAUCGUGCAGCACGUGGAUGCGAACCCCGUCUGCGACCUCACCCCUGUCUUUAAAGACUAUGAGAACUACUUAGCCACUAUUGGGCAGCAGAGUAAGAACCAGGACAGCAGCAGUUCUGAAAGUGAAACGAGCAGGAUGAUAGUGGAAACACAGCCUCCUCUAUUUGCUUCAACCAAGCUGCAGCAGGAGUCUACUUUUUUGUUUAGUAGCAGCAAAACUGAAGACGCUUCUGAAAAGAAGAUGGAGGUAGUGUCUGAGAAGAAGGUGGACCCAGCACAGGGAGCAACAAGUGCCUCGUUCAGUUUCGGCAAGAAAAUCGAUAGCUCGGUUUUGGGCUCAAGCUCUGGCCCCCCGGCUGGAUUUUCGUUUUCCCCUGGAAACUCCAGUUUAUUCGGCAAAGACCUCACCCAGAGUAAACCAGUUUCCUCGCCAUUUUCUGCUAAAACGUUGGCGAGCCAAGCAGAAGGCAGUAACGAGUGCAAAGGUGGAGACGAAGAAGAAAAUGAGGAGCCGCCCAAGGUAGUGGUUACCGAGGUGAAGGAGGAGGAUGCCUUCUACUCUAAGAAGUGUAAGCUAUUUUACAAGAAAGAUAAUGAAUUUAAAGAGAAGGGUGUGGGUACCCUGCAUUUAAAACCUAUGGCAAAUCAGAAGACACAGCUCUUAGUGCGGGCCGAUACCAAUUUAGGCAACAUACUGCUGAAUGUCCUCAUCCCACCCAACAUGCCGUGCACACGGACGGGGAAGAACAACGUCCUGAUCGUGUGUGUCCCUAACCCGCCCCUGGAUGAGAAGAGCGCCAGUGCCCCCACCACCAUGUUAAUCCGGGUGAAAACCAGCGAGGAUGCGGAUGAGUUGCACAAAAUUUUACUGGAGAAAAAGGAAGCCUGAAGACGCCAAGUCACCUGAGGGAUUAUUGCCAAGUUGCUGCUUCUCCCACCGCCCCUAAAGCUUUUUCUUCUCUUUGACCUUCUAAGAACUUCUAGAUAAUUUAAAACUUUCUUGAGGAAGAUUAGGCCAAUAAAACCUUUCCAUGUUAAGUGUCAAGAGACUGUCUUCUCCCUUCUUCAGAACUGUCUAAAGUGCAAAAUACGUUUGAGUGAAAGGUUUUUGGAAGAUUUUUUAAUGUUCACUUGUUUGUUAAACUAACCCUAAGUGAUCUCUUAAUGGACUGCAAUCAGGGUAUCGAUGAGCUCUCCCAAAGGCUGUGCGACCCGUGGGUUCCGUCUGCGCUGCCCACACACGAGGCCUUCCCGUCUCGGCGGCCGCCAGGAAGAAAGCCAGGCUCUCCGCUCCCAUGGGCUUCCCCAAUCUCGGCGACCAGCGCUCGUACCAAAUGAACCAUGCCGCCACGCUGUGACCGAGACUCUUGUCCUUGCGUUUCUUUGUUCUGUUCCCGCUCGCGCUCCAAGGUGGGGACUGGUGUGCAGUGCGGCGUUGGGCGUGAGCCUCUCCUCUGCAGACACUGGCCUUUAACCCUGUGAGCUGCUUUACUGUAAUUCAGGAACUGCCUUUUCAUUUUAGAAGGAAGUGCAUCGCUUGUGAAGGAGUUCUUGAGUUUUGUAGGUUGGGUUUUGUAGUUUCUAUUUAUGAGGUGCUGUUACUUCUUCAUCCCCCUGGAGAAGGGGAUCGCCAGGAAUGGGUUUAAAAGCACAAAUUUUGAUCAUUUCUAGACCAUGGACAGUAAACCCUUAUGGAGAAAGAAGAGCGAGCGUGAGAACAUACUUCAGAGGACGCUGUGCUGGUGUCGUUAGUUGCAGAUGAACCUUAUGGAUGUAAAAGCUACAUAGGCGCUUGACCCCGCGGGCUGUGGGAGCUCACGAGGCUCCGUGGAGUAAGGAGUGGAAGGGGAAGUUGCGUGUGCGUUUUGCCUUUAAAUUGAGACAACAGGGUGUUACACACUUGCUGUCUGAAGCACCAUUUCUUAAAGGCCUAGGUGUUCCGCUUGGAAGGAAGCCAUGGUUAUGCAGAACAUCCUUGUCCCUUCCCAGGAGCUGUCAGGUGGCUGAUAGCACCUCCUGUGGAGACUGGCAUCCGAGUGAGAUGCAGGAGCUCAUGACCGAGUUCGUGCUUUGUGCCCCAUGAAUCUUGUUGCCUUGGUAGCAGACGAGCUCACCAGUGCCCAGCGGCUUGCUCUUGUGUCUGCUCGUGUCGGUCUGUCCUGGGUGGGACUUCAGUUGAAGACUGGGUGGUGCAGGUGCAGCCCUCAGGUGCGAAGUGUCCAGGGCCCAUAAGUACCUGCGGUUCAGUGGUGGGCCAGCAUUGAUCAGAAGAUCUGCGCACACUCGUGUACUAAGCAGUUUCUGUUUCCAGGGGGAGAAAUUGGCCCGUGUAUGACUUUGGAGAAAUAAAUGCGAGAGAGUUGUGCUUGU